GUAUAAAAGCCAUCAUAUUUAGGGCGCUCAAACUUGAAUUAUUACAGACUGUUCAAAACACAGUUUCGAUUUGUGAUGUUCAAAAAGUAAUAUUCUGCUUUUAGGACCACAAAGAGGAUGGCAGGGUGCCAUUUAUUCAACAACCGUCACUACCUGUUAAACAAAUACCUAAUCACCCAUUAAUGUUCCCAUAAAAAUAUGCUGUCUAAAUACAUAGACCUAUAUAUUUUUUGAGUCAUAUGUUUAGCAGCAUGUAAGCUAAAUGGUUUAAGAAAUAUUGUCAAGAAUGAAACUAUUUCUGGUUGGUGGAAACAUCGUUCGACUAUAAAUGAAGGAUAGGUCGAAACUUUGCCCCUUUUUCCGCGACUUGUCAGUGUACAGUGAAUCAUAAUCAGCACCGAGAUAAUAGCUUAUCUAUUAAACUCCGGGCAACGCAUUGUGCAAACAGUACACCAGGCCGGUCAUGCAGCUGCGCCUCACACCAUUAAAGCGUCUGUGUGAAUUCACGCCGCCAUGGGUCACCCGAUCUCCAAACAACCACAGGUUCAAGUCCUUCUUCUGGGCCUGGACAAUGCUGGAAAAUCCACUCUUCUCUACAAAAUGAAACACAACGUUGGCGUCUCCACCGUCCCGACGAUCGGCUUUAACGUGGAGAUGUUGGACGCCAGAAAAAACAGGAAGCACAUCUCCGUGACCGUGUGGGACGUCGGUGGUCAGGGGAAGAUGCGCGAACACUGGCAGGACUAUUACCAAAACGCGGCAGCCGUCGUGUUUGUGGUGGACGCCUCGGACUUUGGGCGCAUGGAUGAGGCGCGCAGCGAGAUGAAGAAGGCGCUGCGCAGCGACCAUCUGCGGGGCUGCCCGGUCAUUCUGCUCGCCAACAAGCAGGACGUGAGCGGUGCGCUGACCGUCACCGAGAUGAAGGAUAAGUUCAACAUGAGGGAGAUGUGCGUGGGUCGGGACUGGCUCGUUCAGCCUUGCUCCGCUUCGACGGGUUUCGGAGUCGAGGAGGCUUUUAGGCGAGUGGUUCAAAUGGUCAGACUCCCCCCUUAGCCUGGAGCUGUCAAAGACAAUAUCAAUAAGCUUAUUAUGUAAGACUCUUCUAACUUAUUUGCGCCAACAGCGAACUUAGCAGUCAUAUUAUGCAAAUAAUUGUUCUGUGGAGUUCACAGAACAAUACAUGUCGUAAUAAGUUACUUUUUAAGCAUACUGCAUUUCCAGUCAUGUUUCAAAGUGGUUCGAUUAUAAUGAAAUAAAUUACUUUGUUUUGAUUAUGCAACUUCUCCUAGACGUUUACAUUGGUAUUCAACAGAAGACAGAAGUGGACGGACAUCGUCAGCAUGUCCACCUUGCUGGUUCUGGAUGCUCCUUAAACAGCCCCUUUGAAAUAUGAAUACACAAAGUACAUUCAUUGUUCAAUGGACAUUUUUGAAAACGGUCAUUCCGAGUGUAUGAAGUGCAAAAGAAAACUUUUGGGUCUUCGACAUCUGAUGCUUGGGAAAAUCUUGCACUAACCGCAUCGGCAAAAAUAUUUCGGAUUAAUUUAAAGUUGUGGUGGCUGAGCCUGUGUGAAAGUGUUUCUAGACGUUUAUUAAUUUACCACUCUGUUGUGAAAUCUUAUUGAACUGUGCUGCUGCUAUCUUGCCCAGGUUUGUAAACAAGAUCUGUUAUCUCAAUAGGGCAAAUCAGGUUAAAUUAAAAAAAUAAGUCAUUUUC